AGGGAAAUGCCAGUCCAGUCCACUGCCCGAGCAUUCAAAAUCCAGCGGCGACUCCUCGCACCCUUCUCUCUCCCUGGCACGGACCCAGAUCGAAACCCACGCAGCCCACGACCUCGGCCGCGCAGCGCGGAGGCCCCGCGCGUCAGCUACCACAGCCAUCGCCACGCCACGCCACGCCACGCCACCAACGCGGUGCGCGGCGCAGGCGCAGCCCCCGAUCAGAAAACAAAAUAAAACCCACCAAAAGACGCAGCGCAGCCGAAGGCCGGCGGUCCCUUCCCUUUGCCACCCGCCGCUGGAUCCUCCACCCGCAGCUUCCCCUAGACCCCAGUCCGCCGCGGCGCUGGUCCGGAGGAGCAGAGAUCCACCCGUUCGGAGGUGGACUGGUUCCCUCUCCUCUCGUGCUGGUGGUUCUUCUUCUUCCUCUUCGGCGCUUGAGAUCGGCAGCAGUUGACGCCAUAGGGCUUCGUGGUACCGAAUUUUGCAAAACUUUUGGGGGUCCAACUGACCCUCCAUGCCCGACGCCAAGUCCGCCACAGGGCUUCGAAUGGGCCACAACGGCUCUAAGGGGACUCCAAUGCAUGGAAUGGAAGAUGGCGUGGCAAAGGAUUUGGAGAAGGUUGCUGCCUCCUUGGAGGUAAACAAGUGUUCGGUUGGCGGUGAUGAGGAUCUCGGCGGAGGGCCUGCCUUGACUGGGAAGAAAAGGAAGGAUGUGAUGAGAGGUUCUGCGGAUGAGAGUGGGAGCGUGACAAAAAGGGUGUUGAGGUCCGACUCCAUGAAGCUGCAUGCUGAUGCUGAAACCGCAUGUGGAGUUGCUGUGGAGGUUAACAGAAGUGACAGUUUGGAGAGGAAACAUUGUGAGGCUAUUGUGGAGGCUGACAGAAGCGGGUUGCUGACAGUUGAUGUUUGCAAUGGUGAGGAAGACAAGGAAUUGGUUAACGUGAAUGCGAGUGACGUCUUGGAAGAGUCAGCUAGGUGUUCUGAGAAUAAUGUGGAAAUCUCUGGUGUUGCAGCGACAGAAUUUGCUCAAGGUAAUGGCUUAGGCACUCAAGGUAGCAUUGCAGAAUUAGAUGAUAAGAGAGUCAAGUCAGAUGAGAAGAUCUCGUCUGUAACUCAUCAGGAUCAGAAUGGGUCUAGAACUGGAAGAAGCAGUUUGAGUGUUGAUGAGUCCCAAGCUAGCAAAGUGGGCCCUGGUCUUUUCCAGGGUGAGGUCAUAGAUCCAUCAUCUGUCGCAAAUGAGGACAAAAUGAGCACAGGUUUAAGCAGAAUCAACCCUACCAGUGGGUCAGGAUCUGUUGAGCAGGAGGAUAUUGUGGUUUGUACUGAGGGAGCAGUACUCCAUUGUGGAGAUCACAAAGUUGAGAAGCAUUCUCACAUUGAUGAUGUACAUAAAGAAACUGAGGUUUCUUUGACUGAGAAUGGAAGAUGCACAGUAGAUAACCACACUGAUCUAACUGAGUACACUAAGCAGGAGGGUGGGGGCAGCCUUGAGAAUGAACCCAAGGAUGUUUCAACACCUGACAUUGUCUUUACAAGGAGAAAGCCAAUAACUAGAAAAACAUGCGAGGCAAAGCAGGUUAAAUGUGAAGAGGAGUUGCGAUUUGAGAAGCGAGUUACAAGGUCGGCUACAGUUAGGCAGAGAGAAGUUUCUGGAAGCUCAUGCAGAACUACCACAAAUGAGGCUAUGGUAGGAAGCAAAGAGAGGAAGGGAGAUGCUGUUGCUCACUAUACAAGGAAAGUGAGCAGUACUAUAAAGGCUCAUCAUUCUGAACUGGCAGAACGUUAUACCAGUACGAAGAAGCAAACAGUAAAUGGAAAGGUUGUUGAUCAAAGAGACUCAGGUGUCACUGGGAAUGAUGAUCGUGCGAAUAUGACAGAGAACGAGGAAUCGGAAAAUGAAAUAAAGACCAAUUUGAAGUUGCAGCCACUCACGGGAAGUGUCAGCAUUGUUACAACUGAAGUUGCAGUUCCUGCGGUGGAUCAGAAUAUCUCUAGUUCAGCCAUCACUGAAAAAAAUGAUACAGAGCAUACAGAUUCUGAAGGAGUUAAAUCUGAAAACAAGACUCCUGUGCAGAAAUCAGUAUUGUCAGUUGGUGCGAAGAUUGUUGCCAGUAAGAAGAGGAUAUUGGAAUCAGGGCUUGAUAAAAUUGCUGGAAGAUCGCCAAUAGCAAUGCCAUCCACAAAAAAAACAAGAAACACAUCUUCUGACACCGAGCUAGAGCAAUCAAAUAAGUCUUCUGGAGAGGAGCAUACUGGGAAGAACUGUGGUUCAGAAAAUAAACGUAUUUUGAGGGAACGGCAGCAUCGCAGUCAAAUAGCUAAGUCAAGCAGAUCUUCUAACCACUCUAAUCAAAAUGCCUGUAAGCUAUCGCAGGAUGAAUCUGAUGAUUACGAGACUGGCAGCGAUACUUCCUACAGGAAAACUUGUAGAGGACGUAAGCGUGGUGCUGACCCUCGUGUCCUUAGAAAACAAGAGGACUCUAGUGAUUCUGAAGAAGUCAUUAUUGUGAGAAAAAAUAGGCAAAAGGGGAGAGAUUCUGAGCAUGAUCAAAGGGCUGGAUCUAAAUUGAAGCAUUCUUCUGGUCCUUCCAAAACCAGUCAUUCGUGUAGACCUGUUCUGACUAAAUCUGAAUCUAGCUCCUUAUCUCGGCAAGCAGGAAAGGCGAAAGUGAAGGCGCAUGAAGGCAAGGGAAAGGCUUCCAUUUUGAAUUCAAGUCCAAGUGAGCAGAUAAAUACAGGAAGUCUUCGCGAAGAAAAGCAAAAAAUAAGUGAACAGAUAAAGGCAAUACUUCUAGAUGCUGGUUGGAAAAUUGAUUUAAGACCCAGGAAUGGCAGAAAUUACAAGGAUUCUGUGUAUAUACCUCCUAGUGGUAAAGGAUCUUACUGGUCAGUCACAAAAGCAUACUAUGUGUUUCUCGAAGGUGUGGAGUCUGAGCAAAAGGAUAGCUCUAAAAGCCAGAGUUCAUCAAAAAAAUCUGUCAGGAGCCCUGGCAAAAGGCAUGCCUCUAGUUCUUCAGGUUGUACUUUAACAGAGGAUAUCCUUAGCAAAUUAAAAAGAGUUGUUGUGAACGGGCGAAAAACCAAAGUAGAGUUUCAGAAGUUGAAAAAGAAGAAACAUGGUUUCCUGAAUAAGUUUAAAAAAUCUAAGGGCAAGUCAAAGGAAAAGAAGAAUAAGAUUGCAAAUUCAAGAAGACUGCAUUUAGGCAAUGAAAGAAAAAAGCGAGGUGGCUGUGCUCUACUUGUCCGUGGAUCAAACAAGGAGUCUGGAAGCUGCACUGAUGGCUUUGUUCCAUAUGUAUGGAAACGUACAGUUUUCUCCUGGUUGAUUGAUCUGGAUGUUCUACCAGUCAACAGUAAGCUGAAAUGUAUGGAUGAAAGCCACUCAAAAGUUUUGCUAGAGGGUAUAGUAACUAGGGAUGGAAUUAACUGCAGCUGCUGUAGCAAGGUUCUUGCAGUACAUGAAUUUGUGGCUCAUGCUGGUGGUGAAGUGAAGAAGUCAUACAGAAACAUACUUGUAGAUCGGCUGGACAUUGACCUUUUGCAUUGUCUCAUUAAUGCGUGGAAUAAGCAAUCUGAUUCUGAAAGGCAGGCUUUCUUUCCUAUUAGCACCGAGGGUGAUGACCCCAAUGAUGACACAUGUGGUAUUUGUGGCGAUGGAGGCAAUUUAAUCUGCUGUGAUGGAUGCCCCUCGACAUUCCACAUGAGUUGUCUAGGACUGGAGGCACUUCCUUCUGAUGACUGGUGUUGUGUGAACUGCUCGUGUAAAUUUUGUCAUGAACAUUCUAGUCAUGAUACUGAAGACAUUGCUGAUGUUGAUUCUUCAUUGCUUACUUGUUCCCAGUGCGAAGAGAAGUAUCACCAAGCCUGUUCUCAUGAGAUUGAUUCCAUAACCAGCGUUUCUGGACAGUCAGACAAUUUAUUCUGCCAACAAAGUUGCAGACUGCUGUUUGAGGAAUUGCAGAAUCUUCUUGCAGUCAAGAAGGAUCUUGAACCAGAAUAUUCAUGCAGAGUUAUUCAGCGCAUCAAUGAAGAUGUACCAGAAACAGUCCUUGCUUUGGACGCAAGGGUUGAGUGUAACUCCAAGAUUGCUGUUGCGCUUUCGUUAAUGGAUGAGUGCUUUCUUCCGAUCGUUGACCAGAGAACUGGCAUCAACUUGAUACACAAUGUUGUAUAUAGCUGUGGAUCAAAUUUUGUCCGACUGGAUUUCCGUGGAUUCUAUAUAUUUAUUUUGGAACGUGGGGAUGAAAUAAUAGCUGCAGCAUCUGUCAGAAUACAUGGAACCAAGUUAGCUGAGAUGCCGUUCAUUGGUACCCGGAAUAUGUAUAGGCGCCAAGGGAUGUGCCGCCGACUUCUAGAUGGAAUUGAAAUGAUCCUCAGUUCUCUCAAUGUUGAGAAGUUGAUCAUUCCUGCUAUAUCAGAACUUGUGGACACCUGGACAUCGAAAUUUGGAUUUAGUCCACUUGAAGUUUCUCACAAGCAAGAAGUGAGGUCUAUUAGCAUGUUAGUUUUUCCUGGCACAGGUCUUCUUCAAAAGCCAUUGCUGAAGAAGGCUUUACCUGACGAACACCCAUGUUCUCAAGGAGCUGAUGCUUUUUCCUCUGGAUACAAGACCGGGAAACCAUCUGAUGUGGCCAAUGAAGAUUCUCUUUGCUCCGUUGCAAGUGCUGGCCCCCUAAGGUUCGGGGGUCACAGAUUAUGUGGACAGCAGCAAAAAUGCUGAUGGUUGCAAAGACGGGUAAGCUUUGGUUGCAAUUUUUUUUGGGCAAUCAAAUUGUGUACCUGCUUACCAAGAGAGGGCCCAAGCUUUACAUGGAUGAAGCCAUGAGCGCCUCCAUUUUUUUGUACCGCCCAAGCUUUACAUGGAUGAAGCCAUGAGCGCCUCCAUUUUUUUUGUACCUUUUGACUCAGCGGGGGGUCCAUCUUUUGGCAGAAAGUAAUCUGGAAAGAGGGUGCGUUUUCUGAAGAUCCCUUGCAGCGGUACCCCUGUUGUUUUGCCCGGAAAUUUGUGACCUAAUUGACUCGUCGGCCUGGACUUGAGAAUCAGCCUGUGCAGUACUGAGAAGCGUUGACUCUGACCACCUAACUUUUAUGUGCAACAGCAGAGUCAACAUGUAGAAUGGGGGUGAUAGAUUAAGAAAAAAAUGAAUGGGGAUGAUAGUUCUGCGUUGUUUCUUUAUUAAAUCGCUAACUUAUACUCCGAGGGCCAAUGGAGCCACCAAAUCGUCGUAUAUGUUUUAUUAGUUGUCAUUUUGUUAAUAGCUUUAUGUUUCUGCAAGCUCAGUCCAGCAAUCAGAUCUCAUCUCUGGAAGAUACUUCCCUUCAGUAAGAUAUCUAGUGUAUGGCAAGCAGAAAAUUAUCAUCCUGUUGUGUUCCUGUGGAAGAACAAUGCUUGUGUGCGCACACCAUGGCACAAUGCCCAACUCAAAUGUCUUGGCAGCCUUCUGCUAUGAAUGCGUUUACUCUGUGUCUA